AUGAAAACAACAAAAAAUGUGAUUGACUUGUAUUAUAUGCUUAGAAAGAGACUAGAACUGAAAAAAUGCAAGUAAAUCAUUACAAAUGAUUGUAGCUACGGCACAAGCAUGCAAUAGCAAAUUAACAGAAUGGUAGCAGAAAUCAUAUAAACUCAACUGAUGACAGGACUCGACGAUCUUAAUGAUUUUAGUGAGAGAAAAUAGCCUUAAUAUAUAUGCUAGUAGAUUAGUAAGAAUAGAAAACAAAAAUCUUGGAGGUAUAGAAUUUCAAAGUUAUACUAAGACAAUGAACUAAAAAAGCAUAUUGAAAAAAUAGAUUAAGAUAUGGAUUAAGAUGAUUAGAUAAUAAAAGAGACUGUUUUGUCUCAAGUCCAUUUGAGCUAUCUCAAACCUCCUCCCUCAGAAAUAAUCUUCAAAGUAUAGAGAAAAAAGACAAUUUAAAAUCUAAAUCCACCUGUAAAUUUGACCUAAUUUUCAGAACUUAAUCAAGACUAUGAUCCCUAUUCCUACAAUUCUAUGCAAAUCCAAACAGUUGAAGAUAGAGAAAGUGAGUCUAGACUUAAUUUCAACCUAUAUAAUUUGGAUGAGACUGACGAAUAAGGAUCAAGCUAAAAUUCUUAAAUCAAAGAGAGUGCUAAUGAUGAUCCAGAAUAUGGGGCAAGGAAAAGAAAGCCAAUUUAAAGGAAAACUAAAGUAAUUAAAAAAAGAAAAAAGAAGGUUAAAAGGGUAAUAAGGAGAAUUAGUCCAAGACAAAAAAGGAAAACACCAGGUAAGACAAAUUAAAAAAAUUCACAAGAUUCAAAUCUAUCUGGAAAAAGGAACACAAGAUCUUGUAAAAAAUAGGUAAAGUUGCUGAAAAAAGAUUAAACUGAAAGCGAAAGAGAUGAAUAGGAGGGGGAAGAGGAAGAAGUAAAUGACAAGGAUUAAGAUUAGGAUUAAAUUAAUAGUUAGGAUGAGAAUGAACAAAAAUCUUUGAGCUAGCAAUCACAAGGAAAUUAAUCUGAAGUCUAAGACAAUAAUGAAGUUUGGACGAUCAAAUUAGACGCCUAAAUUCAAUCCUUUUUAAUCCCUUUGGACAGAUGA